GGGGCGGGAGGAGGAAGAGCGGCUGUCAGCGCUGAGGAAGUGGAGGAGUUGAGGCGGCCGUGCAUCCCGCCCGAGGAGCGGUGCCGCGCUGCGGGCUGAAUGCGCGUCGGCCGUCCCGCGCCGCGCAGCUCGGCUUUCCCUGCGCAGGGGAGCGGGAGUUUCGCUUCAACGCCCCGCCGCACCCACACGCUGCUUUUCUGGCCCUUUAAAUUCGCGCUUGCCAUUAACGAGGGAACGAGCUCGUGAAAAGCGUGCUCGGGGGGGACUGAGAGGCGGUUAUUUAUAGCGCGGAGUGAGGAGGGCGCGUGUGCUGCGCUGCGCGGGGUCGGCGGCACUGCGGGACCGGGCGGGGCUGAGCCCGAGGUCCGCGCUUAAGACGUGCACCUCGGCCGCUGGACGGGACGGGCCUUCACCUUCCUGAAAGGCGUAGGUUAUAGGUGAAAAUAGAGAUGCCUGCAGAUUUCUGCUGCUCCUAAAUUAAAGGAACCAUCCAAAUAUUGCCAUUCCAUGGAACUGACAUACUGGUGAAUUAGUUGUGGUUACCUAAAGGAUUGUAAAAUGGAGCCAAUAACAUUCAAAGCUAAGAAAUAUCAAGCACCUAGUGAUUUCUCAGCAAGCUUCACCCUUCAGCUUGUCGGUUCCCUGCCUGUGCAUUCCCUGACCACUACGUCCAUGCUGCCUUGGAUUGUGGCGGAGAUCCGCGCUCUCAGUAGUAUGAAGUCUUCCAAAGAAGAACUUGGUAUCAGCCAAAUCCGGCUUUAUGUUUCACCAUCGAGUUUGCGAUGUGAACCAGACACGGGGAAAAUCCAGCAGUGGGAUCCUUUGAUUUGUUCUGGUCUGUUUGAAUACAAGCCACAGCAUGUUCACAAACUGAUUCACAACAGCCAUGAUCCAAGCUACAUUGCUUGCCUGAUAAAAGAUGGAACAGAAAAUCAGCAAAGUAUCUGCUAUGUAUUCAAAGCUGAUGAUCAAACAAAAGUGCCUGAGAUUAUAAGCUCUAUUCGACAGGCUGGAAAAAUUGCUCGUCAAGAAGAGUUUCAGAAUAAUCUUUCAGAUAUUGAAGACCCUUUUGCCAAAAAGUUUGAGGUGCUGUUCUGUGGACGUGUGACUGUAGCACAUAAAAAUGCACCCCCAGCGCUCAUAGAUGAAUGCAUUGAGAAAUUUAAUCAUGCGAGUUGUACAAAAAAGUCAGAUUCUGACUCCUCAUCCCAACAACAUGAAACUGCCAAUAACUCCGGAGGCUUCUCUUUCAGCAACAAAUUUCGGUCUGUCUUCCAGCCCUUGAUGGGUGAAGAGGAGGAGAAAAGGCCAAUUAGGAAAUCCUUUUCCCAACCUGGACUUCGUUCCUUGGCUUUUAAGAAGGAUUUUCAAGAGGGAAGCCAUAGGAGUAACAGCUUUGUCAGGUCUUUUGAAGAAGAUGCCAUUUCACUAAACCUAAAAAGUCAACUUAUCUAUGGACACAGUGUUGUGCAGCCAACAGACAUUGCAGAAAACCGGACAAUGUUGUUUACGAUUGGCCAGUCUGAAGUUUACCUUAUCAGUCCUGACACAAAAAAAGUAGCAAUUGAGAAAAGCUUUAAAGAAAUAUCAUUUUGUUCUCAGGGAAUUAGACAUGUGGAUCACUUCGGAUUCAUCUGCAGAGAGUCUUCAGAAAAUGGAGGCUUCCACUUUGUUUGCUACGUGUUUCAGUGUACAGAUGAAGCACUGGUUGAUGAAAUCAUGAUGACAUUGAAACAGGCUUUCACUGUAGCUGCUGUGCAACAAACUUCCAAGGCACAGCCGCAGCUCUGCGAAACAUGUCCUCUGCAAAGCUUGCAUAAACUCUGUGAAAAGAUAGAAGGGCUACACCCUUCUAAGACUAAACUAGAACUACAAAAACAUCUAACAACACUGAAUAGCCAGGAGCAGGCUUCUGUUUUUGAAGAGGUUAAGAAAUUGAGACCAAGAAAUGAUCAAAAAGAGAAUGAGCUGAUUAUCUCUAUUUUGAGAAACAUGUAUGAAGAAAAACAGAAGGACCAUGUUCACGUUGGGGAAACAAAACAAACUUCACAACCAUCUGCUGAAAAUGCUGUAAAUGAAGUGCCCAGCAGUGCUCCAAGAUUCAGAUUAGAUAUGUUAAAGAACAAGGCAAAAAGAUCUCUGACAGAAUCGUUUGAAAGUAUCUUAUCACGUGGCAGUAAAUCUAGAGGUCCUCUGGACAGUUCUAGUGGAUCUGUGGAUCUGGAGGCCUCUGUGUCUGGUACCUUAAGCAGCACAAAUAAAGAACCACCAUUGUCUGAAAGGGAGACAGACAGAGUUCCUACGCUUCCACCAGAGAAUGCUGUCAAGGCCAGUGGAUCAGUGGGUGAUCUCUCCAGUGACCCAGAUAGUUAUGCUCUUGAUCAUUCUGUUACAUUACCUCAACAAAGCUUUCGAAGGCGAGCAAACACUCUGAGUCAUUUACCAUCAGAAAGCCGGGAGUCUCUGGUACCUGUUGAAACCUCGCCAUCUGUUCCCCAGAGGAAACUUAUGAGGUAUCACUCAGUGAGCACAGAAACACCUCACAAGAGAAAUUCUUCUGGUCAACUUGCACGUUCUCCUACUCUAGCUCGUCUUAAUCCCUCGGCUUCUUCACCCAACUUUUUUAAAUAUCUAAGGCAUAAUUCAAGUGGAGAACAAAGUGGGCAUUUUGCACAGAAGAGCAUCUCCUACCGUACUGCCUUAAGGAAAAAGCUUCAUUCUUCCUCUUCUGUGCCAAAUUUCUUAAAAUUUCUGGCUCCUGUAGAUGAAAAUAACACCUCAGACUUUAGGAGCACAACAAGUGACUACGAAUCCAAACACAGCCAGCAGGCUGCUGGUGCUGACAGCCCUGUAAGGACUCGACGACAUUCUUGGAGACAGCAGAUAUUCCUGCGAGUGGCCACUCCUCAGAAAGCAUGUGAUUCUCCCAGUCGGUAUGAUGAUUACACUGAGCUGGGAGAACUUCCACCCAGAUCUCCUUUGGAACCAGUGUGUGAAGAUGGCCCCUUUGGUCCAGUGAAGGAAGAAAGAAAACGGACAUCCCGUGAGCUUCGUGAAUUGUGGAAGAAAGCCAUUAUUCAGCAAAUACUGCUCCUCAGAAUGGAAAAAGAAAACCAGAAGUUACAAGCCUCAGAAAAUAAUUUGCAGAACAGACGUCUGAAGCUUGACUAUGAAGAAAUCACACCGUGCUUGAAAGAGGUAACUCUGAUUUGGGAGAAAAUGUUGAGUACACCUGGAAGGUCAAAGAUUAAAUUUGAUGUGGAAAAAAUACACUCUGCUGUUGGGCAAGGAGUACCACGUCACCACCGUGGGGAAAUCUGGAAGUUUCUAGCAGAGCAAUAUCAUCUUAAACAUCAGUUUCCAAAUAAACAACAACCAAAGGACACACCUUAUAAAGAACUCCUUAAACAACUAACUUCCCAACAACAUGCAAUACUUAUUGACCUAGGACGCACAUUUCCAACACAUCCAUACUUCUCAGCACAGCUGGGAGCUGGGCAACUGUCACUCUACAAUAUUUUGAAGGCCUAUUCCCUUCUGGACCAGGAAGUAGGAUAUUGCCAGGGACUUAGUUUUGUAGCAGGAGUUCUACUACUUCAUAUGAGUGAAGAAGAUGCUUUUAAAAUGCUGAAGUUUCUCAUGUUCGAUGUGGGGCUAAGAAAACAGUAUCGUCCUGACAUGACAAUUCUACAGAUCCAGAUGUACCAACUGUCCCGACUUCUUCAUGACUACCAUCGAGACCUCUAUAACCACCUUGAGGAACAUGAGAUUGGCCCCAGCCUCUAUGCUGCUCCCUGGUUUCUCACCAUGUUUGCCUCACAGUUUCCCCUUGGAUUUGUCGCAAGAGUAUUUGAUAUGCUGUUCCUUCAGGGAUCAGAGGCUAUAUUUAAAGUGGCCUUAAGCCUUUUGGGAAGCCACAAGCCCUUGAUUCUGCAGCAUGAGAACCUAGAAACUAUUGUUGAUUUUAUUAAAAACACUCUCCCCAACUUGGGUUUGGUACAGAUGGAAAAGACAAUUAGUCAGGUGUUUGAAAUGGAUAUUGCAAAGCAGCUGCAAGCUUAUGAAGUUGAAUACCAUGUGCUUCAGGAUGAGCUUAUAGAUUCAUCUUUGAAUGACAAUCAGAGACUGGAUAAGUUAGAAAAGGCAAACAGUAGCUUGCGCAAACAGAACUUUGAACUCCUGGAAGAACUGCAGGUGGCUAAUGGAAAGAUCCAAAACCUUGAGGCCACAGUACAGCUUUUAUUGACUAAUGAAGGCAAAUUGAAGGAGUCAAUUCUCAAUCUCGAGCAGGAACGAACAGCUUUGCAGAAGACAGUGGAAGAGAUGCAGAAAAAGACUGGUGAUACAAAUGAGAAGCCUCUGCUUACUAGACAAGAGCACCUGGAUGCUGACUGAUCUGCAGUUGUCACAGAGCAGAGAAGCAGAGCAAAAAACAAAGGGAAGAACUGGGUCUUUUUGUCCAUCCGUGGAGAUACAACAUUGUCAUCUUCAUUGUACAUGCCUUACUGUAGCAAAGUGAGAUAGAGGCAUUAUGGCUGCCCAAAUCAGAAACAGGUUUCUUGGGCAGGAAUCUUUCUUCUUAGUACAUAGAAGUGCUCUGAACAGCAAGAUGCCGUGUCAUUACAGACAGGAGAAACCUACUAGUGUGUGCACAAUGCACUGUAAAGAUGUCAAGGAUUCUUCCAUAAGUGCUUCUAAACCCAAGUGCUUUAUGUUGUUACAUAGUUUGUGUUCAUAAACACCAUGCUAAAUAGCUCAUCCUUUAGAAGCUCCUUUGAAAAAAAUAUGGCAGUGUAAAACCUUCAAAUUGAUGUUUGCCUUGCUGCAGCUAUGCAGUGGUAACACUUGCAGAGAAUUUUAUGAUUGGACUUGAGAUAUUUUUCACAGUCUAAUUCCCCUGCAGCUUGACUCAGCUCUGUUAAUUAUUCUGUUUACACCUCGGAUAACUGUUUCUUGAUGCUUGCAGAUGUCAAUCUAUUGGACUCCAGAGAGCUGGACUUCAUCGUAUGUAACUAUGUGUCAUUAGGGGUUGCCAUCUGUUUUUAUAAGUAUCUUGUUUUAAUAUAUUUUUGUUUAACAUCCAUUGGUGUGUUGUUAGUUGGCAUUACCUGAUAAACAUACAUACUGUAUAUAGUACCUGCGUUGUGCUUGACAAAAUACACUGACAUUGAUUUCAUGAAGCCUGUAACUCUUGCAGUGUCACCCAAGGAUUUAUAUUUGGACUCUUUAAGUUUCAUUUUAUUUAUUUCUGAUCUGCUGCGUGAUGUAAGACAUCAUUUUGUAGGGAAACUAACGCCCCUCUCUAUUUUUCCUUUCUUUGAUACUCUGCCCACUAGUCCUCUGGGAAAUGUUAUUCUUUAAGACUUUUUUGUAAGUGUUGGAGGCAUUUUGAGAGCUUCAUGUUGUGCCAGAAAUGCUUAAACUGCUUUGUAAAGGUUAUGGCUGCUUGAAUUAGGGCACCGUUCUUUUUACAGUGCCUCUUUUGAGUAAGAUUACACACAAAAAAUAAUCAGUUUCUUAAUACAAUGAAAGUAGUUUUCAGGCCAGUUGAAGCACCACUGCUGCAAGUGCAAUAAUAUUCAUGGCAGUCCAUCCAGUUGUAUGGGUUUGCUUCUGAAUUACAGAAUAGUACUGUAGGUUUGUUUAAUCCUGAGGACAGAGCUAAUAUGCAUCAGCAUGUUGUCAUGGUGGAGAAUCACCCAGAGAUGUGAUUUUUGUUUUACUUAAAUUGUUUUUAUUCUUAUUUUUAAAAUUUCAAAGAACGUAGUUGUGUUUGGUUUUUUGUUCAUUUGUUUUUGUGGCUGGAAAUGUAGGAAAGGUUUUGUUUUUCUGUUUUCUUCAUGCACGACCCUUUGAUACAUCAUGGUUGUAGUUUAACAUUCAUCUACAGAACAGAUACCUCUGUAUAGGUCAAAAAGAAAAAGAGAAUUUUCUAUUCAAUUUCCGAACACUUUGUUUCACUCUGUCAUGUCUUAAAUAUGUCUCGUUCUUGCAAAUCCACUCUGUAUUCAUUUAGUAUUGAAAUUCCAGAUAAAUUAAUUAUUAUUAAUCCACUUACCUCAAAGGCUUGCUUUUUAUUUGGAAAUCCAUACUGGGACUCAUGCUUCAUGUUUAAAACCAUGUCAUCAUGGACCUCAUACUGUUAGAGCACUCCGUAACAUUGCAUUUUUACACCAUAGUGCCAUAAUUCAUACACUGACGUUUUAAUGAGCAAUAAAAAUAAUAAUAAUGUAUGCCUACAUCAAUGUUUUUAAUUUAUUUUUACAUUUAAAAACAAAAAUGUAGUUUGUGGGGUGGCAGUUCAGAAUCUUGAGACCUGUAGCUGCAAGUGUUGACUCCAGUGAAAUGUUCCUUUUUUUUCUAGUCCGUUACCAAGAAUCUGUGUAAUUGCAGAAGUUCACAGUGUAGAUAAGAACUGAAGUAAAUGUUCUCAGAAUUCACCAAAAGAGCAAAUUAAUAAGCAACUUUUUGCUUUUGUUACCAUAUGAUAGUUUUAUUGCAUGAGAGACUGAAUUUUCUAUUUUUACAUUGCAAAUUAUACAAUUUUGUUAAAAAUACAGGUGCCUGUCAAAGUGGGGUUUGCACUGUGUGUUAGUCUGGGAUCUGAAUGUGGAUGCAGUAGUUGAAGAUACUCUGCAGGUUACACUGGAACAGCUAUAUGGUAUGUUGUUUCUGUAUGUCUUUCCCCAUCUUAUUUCUUUCAUUUUUGUUACCAGGCCUCUCUAGUUCAGUUAGUCAAAGUAGAACCUAGAGGAAGGUGAGGUCCAUUCACUCAGUUCCAAACUUCAGGAAAACCUGUGGUUUCUCCAUUCACAAGUAUGAGAAAUAAGUAAUUAGAAAGCCCUGAGCUGGUCACAGGCACUUUUGCAUAUUUUUCCAGCUAUGAUGAACAUCCUCAAGGAUAUAUAAAAUUAGAUUUCCUGUUGCCUGAGUAAUAACAGUUGUUAUCCCAUACUGUCUUCCAUCUGAACAGUAAUUUCUGACUCCAACUUGAAUAUUCUAAAAACAAAAUACAGAUGAAAACUCUGCAAAUCUCCUGACCAUUGACCCUCAGAAGGAGUCACAAAUGAUCUGUUUUCUGGAAGAUCCAAGUUGAAAUGAUUCAAUCAACGUAUUCUACACCUCUUUUCUUCUACAGUUAAAAAUCCCCAGGUGUAAUGCUUAGUUUCUAAAUAAAAGGGGGGGAAAAAAAAACAAGGAAAAGUGAGCUAAGUUCAUUUUUGUGUGUAGCCUUGGCUUCCAAAGGUGCAUGACAAAGGCAGUGGUGUGCUCUGUCAGUGUGCUAGUGAAUGGCAUUUAUGCAGUAGUCCUGAAAGAGGUAAGUCUGAAAUGUGGAAGGAACUAAUGCUGGUGUGUGCAACAAAAAAGAGGAAUCUACUGUAAAACUACAGCAAUGAAUAGCACUACGUAGAUGAAUGACCUGCUGUGGUAUGGUGUAAUGUCACCGUAUUCUCCUUUGUCUUUUCCAGCUAGCAUAUGUGAUAGUGUGUGGUAGGUACUGGAGGCUCCCUGUGCUUCAGGCUGUCUGAUGUACUUUUGUAUUUUGUUCUGUUGUCUAUAUCCAGAUAUUACUACUUAAUACAGAAUUUGAGAAUGAUAUUGCAAUGCCUACUGACUGGGAAGGUCAAAAGGUCUUUAUGAAAGGCAUUUAUUUACAGA